GUUACCCUUAAAGUAUUGGCCUAGACUUGUUUCUGAAAGCCAUUUUUUGUCUCUAUCGACCUUUGAUAGAGGCUCCCCGGAUUUUGUCGCGAUGGGCGCCCAGCAGUCGUCCACUAAGAGCCCUACAUCGAGCGAAAAUUCACCCAAGAAAACAGAUUACUAUGAGUUAUUAGGCCUCGAUCAUCAAGCCACUGAUGACGAAAUCAAGAAGGCGUACAGAAAGAAAGCUCUAGAGUUACACCCGGAUCGUAACUAUGGUGACGUGGAAAACGCCACACAGAAAUUUGCUGAAGUUCAAUCUGCCUACGAAGUCCUCUCUGACCCCCAGGAGCGAGCCUGGUACGACUCUCACCGCGACGCUAUACUACGUGGUAGCGACCCGGCCGAUACCGAUGCGACUCCUGAAUAUCAUAAUGUUCGCCUGACUACCGCCGACGAAAUCUAUAAGUUAAUUGGUAGAUUUAAUAAGACCGUACCCCUCGACGACUCCCCCACUAGUUUCUUUACCAUUCUGCAAGACACAUUCGAUAGGAUAGCUCAAGCAGAAGAUGCAGCGGCUGAAUGGGACGGAUUGCCUUCCGACGAAUAUCCUCCUUUUGGUUCGUCUAAGGACGACGAAAGAGUUGCUAAGACAUUCUAUAGCAAAUGGGCCAAUUUUUCUACUAAGCUGAGCUUUGCCUGGAAAGAUAAAUGGCGAAUUUCUGACGCCCCCGAUCGGAGGGUACGCCGGCUCAUGGAAAAAGAGAAUAAAAAAUUCCGAGAAGACGCUGUACGCGAAUUCAACGAUGCGGUUCGAUCUUUAGUUGCUUUCGUUCGUAAGCGCGACCCCCGUUACGUCCCCAAUACCCAAUCCGAAGCCGAGAGACAGAGGAUCCUUCGCGACUCAGCCGCAGCACAAGCCGCGAGAUCGAGGGCUGCAAACCAACAGAAAAUGAACGAUCCAUUCGCCGUCCCCGAGUGGGCGCAAUCUCGGGGCGAUGAACUGCACCUUGGAGAAUUUUCCGAGACGGAAGAAGAAUCCGAGGUUGAACAAAUAGAAUGUGUAGUGUGCAACAAAACAUUCAAAAGUGAGAAGCAAUACGAAGCCCACGAGAAGAGCAAAAAGCAUUUGAAGGCCGUCCAGCAGCUUCAAAAGCAGAUGAAGAAGGAAAACAGAAACUUUGAUCUAAAUGGGCGUGCCUCGUCGGGAUCAACCCCAGAGGAACAGGAGAUAGAUAAUCACCACAAGGAUGAUGAGUCAAUCGCCACCGGGAACGACACGCUCGAUGCUACUCGCACAGCCAAUUCUAACGACGCCGAUGAUGUAUCUAAACCCCAUAUUGAAUCCACAAGCUCGAAGACCACAGCCGUUAAUUCCGACAGUGAGGAUGAAGACGAAGACGAUGAAUACGCUUCGAGGGAUGCUGUAGAAGCCCGGCUUGUGCCUGGGCGGCAAGAAACCUCGAACUCUCUGCAAGUCAACGAUGAAGACCUCCCCGAUAAUCACAUUGCUUCCGUCGAUGAUAUACCCCUUACGAGCCAAGAACCCAUGAAGAAAAUGGGCAAGGCCAAGGCCAAGAGAGAGAAAAAGGCCGCUCGCCUAGCUGCUUCGGAGCUGGAGGAUGAUUCUCCGAAGUGCACGGCUUGCAAUACCAUAUUCGAGUCAAGGACGCAGCUCUUCAAGCACUUGAAAAAUACAGGUCAUGCGGCUACAAAAGUCGUUGCAGCUUCUAAGCCUAAUAAAAAAAAGCGGUAGAUGCUUAUAGCCAGACCAUCCGGUGUUAUCUUGAUACUGUCGAACAAUCCCAUAAAGGCACCCAGUGGAAGCGUUACCUGAUCGUCUCCAUUUCCAAUUCAUAACGCCUCCCAAAGCAAAUAACCAUGAACUGGUCAAGUCCUCGGCUAGCCAGUUUUGCUUGCCUAUUCCUGUAUGCCCGUUCAUUCUUCCUGGGCUGUGUCGUCAUCUUCAUCGCUCAGGGUUUCAACUUCGUCAAUAGGCCCUCCCGAUUCUUGCAUUUGCGCAGUUGGGUCGUAAUCUGACACGUGAAUGAUGGCUUUGCCCUGGACGUGUUUGACGCUUCUUCGCCAAUCCCUCCAAUCCUCCUCGUCACGAAUUAGAAAGCCGAUGAGCAUGCUGGGAUCCAUCUCCUUGAUGUGUAGCCGCCGUAGCUUUCGCGUAUGGCAAGUAUCAAUUUCUUCUUGCGUAUACUCGUCGGGAUCUUCGUGAUAUGGCAAAACGGGUCGUGUAUAGUGUGGGUCAAGGUAGAAGAAAUGAAGACCUUGAACUCCAAUAAAAUAAUGCGAUGAGGAUGGACGUCCGC